GAGGCGGGGUUCGCGGAUUCGACGCCGGUCUCGCGCACUGCGAUGAUCAAUUCCGUGCGUGACAGCUAUUGUCCUCGCGCUUGAAACGCAACACCUGCAGGACUAAAAACUAAAGCCUUUCGCGACAGAAGAAAGCAUGACAGAUAAGGGGAACAUCCGAAACGAGGAGGACUAUGUUGGGGAGAUCAAAGGGGGUCUACGGCCGACCAUGAGGCUGGUAGUGAUGGGUAUUGUUCACAAGCAGCCCAAAAGUAUGGUAGUGUUAGUGGCAUGCCAGUCUAAAGGAGAGAGGGAUGAGGAAAUCGAGAGUGAUGUGGGCCUGGAGUUGAAGGUGAACUUUUCAGAAAAGACUGUGCUUCGCAACGCGCGUCUGUCAGGAAAGUGGGGCGCUUCAGAAACUGCCCUGUCUUUCUUCCCCUUUGCUCCAGGAGAGCCCUUUAAGAUGGAGAUUGUGUGUGAGCACCAGCAGUUCCGUAUUCUGGUGGAUGGGCAGCCAUUGUGUGGUUUCACUCACAGAAUAACUCAGCUCGCAUCUCUCACUGCUCUUAGAGUCCAAGGAGAUCUACAACUCACCAAAGUGGCUUGAGCAAGUGAAGAAUUGUCUGCCAUGAUGACACAGACUCUUCAUAGAAGCAACUUAGCUGAGGUUUUAGAAUCCUGAGCGUACUGUACACGAUUGUCUUAAAGUACCACAACUCCCUCUGUUCAUUUAAAACAUUUAGAACUUAAUUUUGUUUGGAUCUGUGUUUGUUUUUAGUAGACUAAUUUGUUGUUUUGCAAAGUUUCUCUAGUGAUUUUAAUUUGUAGUGGCAAAUGAGGCUGUUCAGUUUAAAACUGUUUUGAGUUUGUUUGGACACAUUUGUAGUAGAAAAUCUCUGAAGGAUAAUCUGAACCAGCUUUAAUCAAUCCAGAUAACAUGCAAAUUUGACAUAAGAGUUAUUUUCCACAAACUAGCUCAGAUAGAAGAUUUCUUUCAUUGCUUUUUUAUAAUACAUAAUGUACUGCCUUUUUUUUUUUUUUUUUUGCUUUUGAUUCGAUAUUUAGUUUCUUUGGCUCUUUGAUACAGAAGCAAAAGUGCCUUCAUUGGUUCCAUUAGAUGCACUUCUAAAGAAGAGAAUUUGGGUGUUUUUGUAGCAGUAAUUGUUGUAGUUCAAAUUCACUUGCAUUCACACAUUUGGCAGAUGCUUUUAUCCAAGGCAACUUACAUUGCAUUCAAGGUAUACAAGGUAAUACGUUCUUGCAUUCACUUAAUCAAACCCAUAAUCUUGAUGUUGAUAGCAACAUUCUCUACAGUUUGUAAUACAGGAAUGUUAUUUGUAUGCCUGUCUAAAACAUUUGUUAAAUCAUUCCUACAGAACAGAAUAAUUCAGAAUCAUAAGAGAAACAUUUGUUUUUAUCCUUUGUUCAUUUGAAUGUGCUGCAUAACAGGUCUGAUGGUAUUAGGAACCUAAGGAUUCAUAACGGACACCUGAAUGUUCACUUUAAAAUGCAAUUCCCUGCGAUUGUAUUGGUUUGAAGAAAAAGGACUCAAAGUCCAUCUGAAGCCUGUACUUGGUGCUGUCAAUUGACACACUUAAAGCUGCAAAUGAAGCAUGUAUUAAAAGCAAGGUUUACUUAAAUGUCUUUAAACAUCUAAUAAUUGCAAUAUGUACUGUAAACAGUAAACUUUUCUUGAAUUUUUAA